UACUCUCAGUCACAUGACGCUCAUCCUGCAGCUCAUCUGGAGCAGAAAGAGCGCAGAAACAGAAAUGCCGCACACUCUGCGGACCCGCCGCCCCGUCCUGCGCGCUCUCUGACGGCCUGCGCCCGCGACGCCGCAACGGACACUGCCCUGUCUGCUGCGCCUGGGGGUCUCGCAACUUUUCUCCCGCGGUGGAGCUGAACUGAGGAGAGGAGGAUUUCCAGCAGGAGCGGAAUGGAGCCUCGGCAGGAGGAGCAGCGCGGACCGGAGGGAAACAUGUCUGAGGUGGGGGAGAAGAAGAGGAGGAGCGCAGAGGAUGGAGCGGAGCGAAGCUCGGACCUCAGCAGAGACCAGUUAAAUUUGGCUGCCACGUUCGUGUCGGACGCUCAGUAUAACAGGAACAUCCCCUUCGACUCGUCCCCUCAGGCGGUCAGGCUGUAUCUCCUGUAUAAUCACAGUCUCCUCCAUGUGCUGGUGUACAUCUUCAUCCUGGUGGAUCUGAGUCUGGCGCUGUUUGAGGAACCGGCUGUGGUCAGUCUGCCGCUGUGGGCCACGUCGGCGAUGGAGCUGGUGUGUCUCUUGGCGUUCACCGUGCGGAUGGUGCACUUCGCCAAAGUCAUCCCCCACAGGACGUUCUUCAGGGACCCUAAAAACCUCUGCAUCAUCAUCAUCAUCACGCUGUGUCUGAUUGAUAUGAUCAUAUACGCAGCUCUGUACGCGAGUGGUCACUCUUCUGUGCGCUGGUCCAGAGUUCUGCGACCUCUCCUGCUGGUCAACGUCACAGAGGGCCGACAGCUCCGCAGGGCAUUCCGAAGUAUCCGUAAUGCUCUGCCGCAGAUCCUGGUGGUCUUCUGCCUGUUCAUCUUCAGUGUGCUGAUGUUCUCCCUCAUGGCUCUGAAGCUGCUGGGUAAACGGAACCUCACAACUAUUGAAGGGGCGCCAUAUUUUACCAACUACCUGGACAUCAUUUUUGACCUGUAUGUUUUGGUGACCACGGCCAACAGUCCUGACGUCAUGAUGCCAGCGUAUAAUUACAGCUCCUUCUUCUCCAUCUUCUUCAUCCUGUACAUCAUCAUCAACACCUACACCUUCAUGUCUGUGUUCCUGGCCGUCGUCUACAAUAACUACAAAAAGUACCUAAAGGAGGAAGUACGGCAGCUGGUCAAGGCUAAGAGGCAGAAGCUGUGCCGAGCGUUCUCUCUGCUGCAGGAGUCGGUGGGGGGGGCCGGGAGGGAGCCGGUGGUCAGUCAGAGCCGCUGGACGGAGCUGGUGAAGCGGGUUCAGCCCAGUAUUAGCUCCGCCCACAGGGAGCUGCUGUGGAACGUCCUGGACCACAACAACGCCGGACAUAUUGGGAAGCAGGCGUUUGUGCAGGUGGCUGAUCUGCUAAAUAUCCAGGUGAUCACCCUGAAGUCCCGCCCACACCCUCUGCAGCUGUGGAUACCUGCUGUGUAUGACUGUACAGCCAGUGCGCUCGUCCGCCGCAUCGUCCAGCACAGGGUCUUUGUCUAUGUGUUUGAUGCUAUAAUCCUGGUGAACGCGGUGUUCAUCGGUCUGGACGAGGAGGACCCCUUGGUGUCCAACGCUGAGUGGGCGUUCCUGACGCUGUACCUGCUGGAGAUCCUCAUGAAGCUCUACACCUUCGAGCCCCGUGCUUUUUUCGCCAGGCAUCAGUUCUGGAACUGGUUUGAUACCAUCAUCAUCGUUUCUGCUCUGCUGGCAACGAUUAUUAAUGCAGCACUGAAGUCCUCUGGAGGAUACACCAGUCGUCAGGUUCUGGACAUCGUUUUCAUUCUGAGGGUUCUGCGGCUCAUUCGGGUGGUGGACACCAUCCCCAGUUUCCGCGCCAUCAUCAGCACUUUGAUCAAGAUCGGCCCCCCCAUGCUCACCUUCGGUCAGCUCAUUCUGGUGGUGUAUUAUAUCUUUGCGAUGGUGGGGAUGGAGCUGUUUAAAGGGAAAGUGCAGUUUUUCGACACGGGCUCCGAGGAUCCAGCGCAGGAAUACUGUGGGAAUCCUAUGCUGAAAGGCUCCGCCUUCGCCCGGAACAACUACUGCAAGAACAACUUCAACGACGUGGUGUCAUCAUUUAUCCUCCUGCUGGAGCUCACGGUGGUCAACCAGUGGCACGUGCUGACCGGUGGUUUUACAGCAGUCACUCAUAUUUCAGCCAGAAUCUUCUUUGUUCUGUUCCACAUUGUGAUGGUCAUCAUCAUCAUUAAUAUUUUCGUGGCCUUCAUCCUGGAGGCGUUCUUCGUCGAGUACAUGGUGGGGAAGAGUGACCUGCAGACGUCCCUGGAGAAGAAGAUCGAGGAGCUGAACCUGUGUGUGGAGCAGCAUCCUGCUGAUGGGACCCUGGUGGAUGCCAUGGAGACUCAGGAUAAUGAUAUGGGGUCCUCUGAGGGAGUGAAGGCCAAACCCACCCUGAUGUUCAAAAUCAGCUCCAAAAGGUACCGGACGAUGGAUGGCCUCCUGCAGAGAAUGUUUGAGACUGAAACUGACCUCAGCGCUGAUGACGGUGACGAGGAGGAACCGGAGAACUUCUCCAACCCGUCCUUCACCCCGGCCUGAGCGCGGCGCUGAGAACUAAGAACAGCAGAACCGUAUCAGUUAAAGACCAAACAGCUCUGUGCAGCUUUUCUCUAUGUACACGCUCAGAAAGAUGGUUCUUUAAAGGUUCUUUAGUAAAGGUUCAAUAUAGAACCAUUUUCAUCCUUAAAUAACACUUUCUUCCAUUAGUACCAGCCCUUUUUGGUUCUAUGUAGAACCAUACACAACACACUCUCCAUCAGUCUGAAGAACCAUUACACCAUGCAGAGAACCAUUUAAGCAUGCAAAGCAUGAGUGUUCAUGGUUCUAGAUCCAUC